CCGCAGUGCGACAAGUCCUAUCGGUGAUAUAGCAUCGCUCCAUCGGGCAUCAGCUUGCUCGUCGCCGCUGCCUGUCGUUUGCACUGCGAUCAGGGAAAGUACAUCGCAGCGCAGCAGCGUAGCUCGCGUGUGACUUGAUAAAGCAAGCUCAUAUUCGCCUGCUGUGAGGACUCUGUGCUUCGAGAUUUGGAAACAGGACAGGACAGGACAGGACAGGAACAACAGCUGGCUAGCCGUCACGCGAUGGCUUCCAAUCUUGCGUUGUCCCCAGCAAUCACGAAAUAUGCAACUGCAGUCUUCGAGCAGUCUACUCUCGGCUCAGAUGUAACGCUCGAAAGCUUUCUUCAACGUCUAGACUCGCCGGAGUCAUCGGAGCCGCUGCCAGUGCAAGCUGAUACUUCGCACCCUCUUCCACACUACUUCAUCUCCAGCAGCCACAAUACCUACCUCUCUGGGAAUCAGCUCUGGUCGAAAUCGAGCGAGGAAUCCUACAAGCACGCCCUUAAGCAGGGCUGUCGUUGCAUCGAGAUUGAUCUCUGGGAUGGAGACUCACCGUCGUCCUCUGAAGCGGAGGACGACAAGAGCCAAGCGAGCGAUGCAAACGGACUGAGCGGAUUUCUGAAGAAGAAGCUGAACCGACUCCGCUCACGAUCGGAUCCCAAGCAGCCUACACCAGACUCGCCUGCAACUGACGAUCUGAUGCCCACACCGUGGAGAACAACCUCUGAUCGCUCGGAGCCGGUCGUGUACCACGGUUAUACGGCCACGAAAGAGAUUUCGUUCAGAAAGGUAUGUGAAGUGGUGCGCCUAUAUGCCUUCAAGACGACGGCACUUCCUCUCAUUGUCAGCCUAGAAGUGCAUUGCAGUCCAUCGCAACAAGAGAUUGUCUGCGAGCUUAUGCACGAUUAUUGGAGUGAGUUCCUUCUCAAACUCCCAGAUGACUUUUCCGAUACGACACCACUGCCUCCACUCGAGAGUCUCAAGAGGAAGAUACUGGUCAAGGUCAAGUUCGUGGCUGCACAGAAAGCAAGAGCAGCACAAGCCGAUAAUGAUGAUGAAGAAUCAUCAGCUGCGGAUGAAGAGGUCGAGGCCACGAAGAAGAGCAAGAUCAUCGAAAGACUAGGAAGCAUGGGCAUAUUCACACGUGCUUUUCAUUUUCGCGGCUUUGACGAUCCGACGGCAACUAUUCCCACGCAUGUAUUUUCGCUCGGCGAGAGCAAGCUAUUGGAAGCUUGUGAAGAACAGCCCGAGAAGCUGUUCAAGCAUAACCUUCACUAUUUGAUGCGCGCCUAUCCCAAAGGAACACGGCUCCGCUCCACAAACCUGGACCCUACGCCUUUCUGGCGCCAAGGAGUCCAGAUUGUUGCUCUCAAUUAUCAACGACUCGAUGCUGCCAACAUGCUUAAUUUCGCGCAGUUCGAAUCGACAGGUGGCUACGUCUUGAAACCGAAAGGCUACUUGCCAGUAGAAGAAAAGGUCGAGCAGCCAAAAGCAGGCCGAAAGUCUCUCGACCUGUGCAUUCGGGUGUAUGCUGCACAAGCGCUUGGCACAUCGAACAGCGUCCCGGAUGCCUACGUCAAAUGCGAGUUGCACAUUGAGAGCAAGGCAGAAUUUGAGAAGAAUGUGAUUCCGAAAGAGGGACAGAACAAGGGCGGGGAGUGGAAGCGCCGAACCAGAGUCCAUGAAACGAGAGAUCCCGAGUACGACGAGAUGUUGGAUUUCAAAGGAGUGCACAGUAUCGUGCCCGAGUUGUCUUUCGUCAGAUUCAAGGUCAUGGACGAUAACUCCUACCAGAAGGAUAGUCUGCUUGGGUGGGCAUGCUAUCGAUUGGACCGGAUGCCGACCGGACUGGUCCUGUUACACCUGCGAGGAGAAGACUACAAGGCCAAUGGCGCAAAGCUGUUGGUGCACACGAGUGUCCAGUGGAUGGAAGAGCAGUGAGAUAACGAGGUUACGGUAUGACUUCAGCAUGUGCGCCGUGUCGCUCGAUGCUGACGUGUGCAUAGAGUUUGCAUAGGUCAGGUAGGUAGGUAGGUAGGUAGGCAUCAUCAAGGACAUGGCAAAAGUUCGGUGAGAAGCAGCAGUACCUCACUCGCACUACCUCUCUCACCGCACCGGAUUGUCUUUUGAGACGUGUGGUAGGUAGCAUCA